CGAAAACCCCAAUCAUCUUCUGCUGUACGUCUUUUGGACCCAUGCCAAAACUUCUCCCCCACCGUUAUACCUUACUGCAGGGGCCUGUCCUGGCGGAGGCGGAGUCUUUAGUCAACGAGUGGCGCCCGGAGGCGGUGAUUCCCCGACGCUGGCUGGCUUUGGUCGCUCUCGCUGCAUCUGCAGCGAAAAAUCUCUGACCUUCUUCAUCGACCACUCGAACCACUCGUACUUCAUUGUUAACUGACAUUCGACAGAUCACAGAUGAACCUCAAUUGAAAUUGACUACCUCUCUCCUUCCAGCGCCUCUAUCACCAACUCUCCCUCCAACUGUCUCCGAUAAACCCGCCGCUCCUCGCAACCUCCCAUCAACUUCAGACCAACCGAAACCCUCACCUAAACCACGGGGCACAUCCACCACCAAAAUGGGCGACUAUUCGUACACCGAACCUGUUCGCUCCCCCUCCCCCGCCGGACGGGAAAAUCCGGACACCUACAAGCGCAAGCACUCCGAGGAGGAACCGAGCAGCUCGACGACGGCGGUCCCGGACCAACAAUACCGUUCCAAGCGCAAGCGGGUUGAAGAGCGCCACCAGAAACUCCGCAAGCGCGGUCGCACGCCUCCAUCGGCCUACUCCCGCCGCGACCGGGACGACGAGCCCGCGGGCGGCCCCAACCGCAACAACGGCCGCAACCGAUCCCCUUCCCCUCCUAUGCCGCCGCGGUCCCCAACCCCAGAAGCCCAGUCGCGUCCGCGCAAGCGACCCGGCGGUGGCGCGCGGAUGGGUCUCGUGGACCGGGAGACCCUCCGGCGUCGGCAGGAGGAGCGCGAGCGCGCGGAGCAGGAAGAGGCGAUCCGCAACUCGCAGAUUCGGGGCGUGACGGACCUCGUGCGUCAGCACUACAACGCCGUGCCGCAACGGGGCCGCGAGUGGCGCAAGACUGAGAGUAAGAUCAAGGGGCUGCGCAGCUUCAACAACUGGGUCAAGAGCACGCUUAUCCAGAAGUUUUCGCCGGACGAGGAGUUUGUGUCCCAGGCGAUUGGGACUAAGGACUGGGCGGACGGUACGGGCCCGCCGCAGAUGGAGCAAAAGAAGCUGCUGGUGAUUGACUUGGGCUGCGGGAAGGGUGGCGAUCUGGGCAAGUGGCAGUUGGCGCCGCAGCCGGUGGAUUUGUACGUGGGACUGGAUCCAGCAGAGGUGUCGAUCGUGCAGGCGCGCGAACGGUUUGGCCAGAUGCGGUCGGGACGGGGAGGGCCGCGGGGCGGUCGUGGGGGCCGGGGCCCGAGUUUCCACGCGGAGUUUGCGCCCAAGGAUUGUUUCGGCGAGUGGUUGGGUGAUAUCGACAUCGUGCAGCGCGUCGGGAUUGAUCCUAAUGUUGGACCCGGAGGCUCGGUGAUGAGCUCGCGUUGGGGUGGGGGUGGCUUUGAUGUUGUUGCUUCGAUGUUCGCGAUCCACUACGCAUUCGAGAGCGAGGAGAAAGCCCGGCAGAUGCUACGCAAUGUGGCCGGCUGUCUGAAGAAGGGCGGCCGGUUUCUGGGGGUCUGUCCGAACUCCGACGUGAUCAGUGCCAAGGUUGCCGAGUGCCAUGCGAAGCGCAAGGCGCGCGAUGAGGAGGCAGCCGCUUCGAAGAAGGAGGAGACAGAGCCCGAGGAUGGAGAGGUCGAGGAGGAAAGCAAGGUGGAAUGGGGCAAUUCCAUUUACCGCGUGCGAUUCCCUGGGGAGACCCCCGAGGAUGGCAUCUUCCGGCCUCCAUUUGGCUGGCGAUAUAACUACUUCAUGCAGGAGGCUGUGGAGGAGGUUCCGGAAUAUGUGGUGCCAUGGGAAGCAUUCCGAGCAUUGACCGAGGAGUACAACUUGGAACUACAAUAUCGCAAGCCAUUCUUGGAUGUGUGGCGCGAUGAAAAGGACGAUGCCGAGUUGGGACCGCUCAGUGAACGCAUGGGAGUGCGUGAUCGCAAUACAGGGGAGCUUAAUAUGACCCUGGAGGAGCAGGAAGCAGUCAGUUUCUAUCAUGCCUUCUGCUUCUACAAGGUGUAGAUGGGACGGACAGGCUAGGUUUGGGGUUCGCAUCUCUAUCUUUAUUACUACUACCAUUACACCUGUAGAAUACCUUCAAACACCUAAUGCAUAUAUGGCCA